AUAAUUAAUGCUUGAUUAUUUUGUACUUAAUAUGCAUUUUUAGAAUAUUAUUUUAAUGAAUUCAGUUGGCAUUCAUACAGUGAAUUAUAGACUGAGAAAAUACUCAGAAUGUUUGAUGAUUGAUGCAAAUAAUCGCAAAACUUUCUUCCCAGCAACAUGACAUUAUUUAAACCCUUUUGAACAAAAUGUCUUUAGACUUUUAUGUGUUGGAAAUGUGCAAUGACACAAAUACAAAUGAAAAUUGUGUACAUUUUAAGUGGAUAAAUAUAUAAACAUAACUACUAUGUUUUUAUUACAGGUAUACAUUUAAAAAAUAAGCAAUUUCACAAAAAAAAUUUCCUGUAAGUUUUUUUUAUUAUUUUAUUUUUAAUAUUUUCGUUUUUUUUAAAGAAAUCAUAUAAUUUACAUUCCAACUUCAUACUUUUUUGUUAAUUUCACAAUAAACUAAAAAUAAGUGCAUCGAGUUGACCUCAUAAUGCUCUUAUUUUGUAGAUUUUAUCUGAUAUUUUGAAAAUAAAUAUAGCUCUGAUUAAAAAUAACAUCAGUGUUCAUGCUUGACUUUGGUCAGGUUAUGUAAAUUAAGUCCAUAAGUGACUCAGAGUGAGCAGAUGUAAUAACCAUGAAUCUUUUUUCUCUUUUAGAGAAGGUGAUGAAUUAAAAAGAGUAAAACAUUACUUGGAGCUGUUGCCAAAACGGACAACGUCUUCUAACUCCUCCCCACACGCUGAUAAGUCACUCACUUUUGACCAAUCAUGGCCCUAAAUGUCUUUCUUAGGAGUGAACUUUAACCAUCAACACCCAGCUCAAGCAAACUUUGACCUUCUGAGCUAGAUUAGCCAAAGUGAGGACAAAAUGGUUUCUUAUUUUUGUGAUUCAGGUAUUUGGGAUUUUUAUUUGAUAUAAAGUCAAGCAGAUGAUGCAGAACAUGUUUCAGGAGGGGCUGUACCAUGUGUUCUUCAAGGAUUCGCCGGCAGCCCAACCCCAGAGCCAGGCUGAUGAUGCAGAGCUCAACAAUGCCCGGAUUCACCGCUGGUUUGGAACCGUGGUUAAAACCAGGCUGCUGAUCACCGGGGUCGUCCAGCUCCUCAGUUCAUUGGCUGCCAUUCUCGCCACAGUCAGCUAUGCAUGUGUGAGGUAUGACUGCUCUGUUUCCAUGAUAUCUCCAGUGUGGUCCAGCUUAUCCUAUGUAGCUGCUGGAUGUCUGGCAAUAGAAGUUCAGAGGAAAGCUAGCAAAGUGAAGAUAAUGGUUUUGAUGGGUCUGAACCUUUUCAGCCUGCUGUUUGGAUGUUCUGCCCUGCUAGCCAACGGUCUUGUUUCAGCACCACCUGCCUCCCUCAGCACAUACCAGCAGCAGGCCGGUUCAUACGUGGCGAAGGCGAGCUCCAUCCUGUUUAACGUUCAUUGUUUUCUGGGCUCGGUCUACAUCGUUUUCCUAUCGUGGAGGGGCCUUCGCCGCUACAGUCCUCCUCAUCCUCAGACCUACAGCCGUCUCCCACUGGAUCCAGAGGAUACUCGCAGCUCUUUGCUGGAACAAGAGGAACUGGAUCUGUAGAAGUCAACAAUCUAAAAAAGACAAAUGUUUUCUGUGCUGGUAAACAUCGUUACCAAGCCUCUGUCGGGACUCUGAUCACAAUGGAAGCACAUAAUUUCACAGAGCAGCUACUUAAAAUCUAAUUUUUACAAGAACGGGACAUUCUGCUUUUUUAAAGGUUUCUGACAAAUUAAAACCAAAAUCUGUGCCUAAAAAUAGGAAUACUUGUUUGGUUUGAAGUUCUAGACCGAAUAAAAUAUUAUAUUUUAACUUAAAUGUGUUAAUCAAGGUUCUAUGGUGCCAAAUUUAGGUAAAUAUUGCAUGUUGUUCCCAUUAUUGAGCACUAGAUGGCAGCAGUGUCAGCCCCUGUUUAUUUUCCAAGUAGUUCCUUCCAUUUCCACAAAUCAAAACUUGUGUUUUUACUUUUGUGAAGCCGAAACUCCUCAGCAGUUUUGGCUGUUGUUGAAUUCAAGGAAGAAAUAAAUCCUAAUUUAAGUUGAUUUAAGUGGAUUUUUUUUCUUAACUUGGCCUAAACUUCAAAUAAAAGUGAUAAAAACUAAAAAGAAA